AUGAGCGACAACGAGCAGCCACGGCUCGUUUUGAGCGUUGCAGAGCCAGAGCCAGAGCCAGAACCAGAGGCACCGUCGGUGGCAGAUGACAAAGCCGCUGGAUCUCCCAGCAAGACUGUGCUUCCAUUCGCCGCAGCCGUCGACGCCGAAGAUCCAGACUCGGCCCUUCAUGUUUUUGACAAAGUGGCGCAGCAAGAUGACACCCGCGAUCUCCAAGUUCUACGUCAAUCGGGCGUUCCUGCGAUUUUACAGGGCAUGCGGCGCUACCCAAAUGCCAGUCGGGUGCAGCUGCUAGGAACACGUGCUCUAUUACAAGUGUGCACCGAGGACCCAUCCACACGCCGUCAUCUCUUGACUCGCCAGCACGUCGAGGCUCUUACCGCCAAUUUGUUGCAGUUUCAAACAAACGUUCAACUUGCCGAUCUUACCGUCUGCACCAUGAGUCUGGUGGGUGCAUCUGGGGAGGCCGGGCUUGAGCUGCUCGAGUCGGUUGAUGCCUUCAACAUUCUACUGGCGCUCAUGGACCACCACCUCAGCGAAGGGCCGCUGCAGGAACACAUUUCAUGGAUUCUCUGCGUGGCUUUAUCUCCCAACGGUCGCCGCUUGGCAGACACCAUGGACCUUGAUAGAAUCUUGCAUCUGCUGCAGCGCAGCCUUCGCAAGCAUAUGGGGGACGGCAAUAUCGUGGAAAGCGAGCUCCGCGUGCUUGCAGCCCUUCAGGAUCAACUUCAGGAGAAAUACAAGCCUUCCUUCGUGUUUGAUCAACAAACCAGCUCACCCGAUGCAUUGCUUGUGCACUGCCAGCGCAACACGGAGCUGAAGCUCCAGGAUGGUUCCUUGGGGGCCCAAUAUUUAAUCCUCACCAUGCAAAAGCACCUGGUGAACGAUGAGCUAGCACGCUGCGGCUUGCAAAUUAUUCGUGAACUCAGCUCUCAAUGUCGCAAUUGUCGGCGCAAGCUCAUCUACUGUCCAUGUAGCACCCAGCUCUGCGAGCUCAACAUGCACGUGGUGACAUUGUCAGCCCUACAGUUCCAUGAACAGCAUUCCGGAAUUGUCCAUCAGGGGUUGAUGGUGCUGCACACCCUGGUGUCGGGUAGCACCGAGCGCAAGGACAUGCUACUCAAGGCUGAGUGCAUCCCAGCGUUUGCUCGCUUGCUGUCUCGACACGAGUUGGAGGUGACUGUGGUUGAGCCCUUGCUACUCUGCUUACUCAGCCUUUCUGUGGACAAGGCUCACCGAGAUCAGCUCAUGCACAAUGACACCCUGCUGCGAGGCCUGCUCAAGUGCAUCGAGCAACACAUUGGUUCUCCUGUAGUUGAGGCAAGCAUAUCUCGGCCCUCUUUCUCGAGGCUGACACAGCGACGCCAUUUUUUUCUCAUUUAA